AUGUCUUUAAAGACGCUUUCGGCGAAGGCAGCGGCGGCAUUGGAUAAGGAGUUGAUGAGCACCGGUGCCUUCUCUCUUGACCAGCUGAUGGAGCUUGCUGGGCUUUCUGUAUCACAAGUUGUCUACCGGGUCCAUCCCCCGAACAUGGGACAAAGGGUGUUGGUUGCUGUCGGUCCUGGCAACAAUGGUGAGCGGCCUUUGUUUACUUUCGCUUGUUUCUCGGGCGAAGUUCGAGAACCGUUUCCCGCGGUUAUCCAGGCCAUGGCGGAGACCAAGGUUCCCGUGACGUCGGUUGACGCUCCUUCGUCUUGGGAUAUUGAGGCCGGUCCUCCUCCAUCGGGGGUCGGCAGCAACUUCCACCCUGGUGUUCUGAUCAGCCUAACGGCGCCCAAACCCUUGGUCAAGCAUUUUCGAGGACGCCACUUUAUUGGGGGCCGGUUUGUCGCACCGGGAAUUGCGAACAAGUACGACUUUGACGUUCCGGCGUAUGAGGGGAUCGAUCAAAUUGUUGAGGUAGGGUCCGAAGGACUGAAGCUCUAA